UCACGUGGGCCGUCAUGCGGAAGUGAUUCAAUGGUUGUCUCGUUCGUCGAGAUCUAUGUGCUUGUUUACGAAGGCAAACGUCUAAGAUAGUCACAACUAUCGGUGGGACUUAGUUGUCCUAAAUCCAUCCAUUUUAUAGCGCUUGUCCCUUUUGGGGUCGCGGGGGGGUGCUGUAGCCUAUCUCAGCUGCAUUCGUGCGAAAGGCGGGGUACACCCUGGACAAGUCGCUACAUCAAAAAAAGUGAGCAAACGUUGAGUCACAAAGCAACUAAGAUGUCGUCGGAGGAAUUUGAGAAGUUGCACGAAAUGUACAAGUCAUUGUAUGAGGAGUUGAAGCUAAUGCCGGACAGGCUGCUGAGAAGCCAUGCAGAGGAGAAGAAGAGCAUGCUGAGGGCCUUCGACGAGAGGAAGGGCGAGGCUGAGGAAAUUCUACAAGGAAUGGAAGAAGAGCUGCAGGAUGCGCCGCAGUCGUUCAAAAAUCCGAUGAGGACAAAGCUGCGCUUGUACCAACGGGACCUGGCCAAGCUGCAGAGGGACAUGAAAAUCUCUAACCCGGGUUCUGCGCAGUCAGAUGGAAGUCACUUUGGCGUCUAUUCAUCACAAAACCAACAAAGUACGAACUUACAGUCGCAGAGGGCCUUGCUCCUGCAGGGCACCGAGUCUCUGAACAAUGCCAGCCAGAGCAUCGAUCGAAGUCAGCGCCUCGCCGCCGAGACGGAGCACAUCGGCACGGACAUCAUCGAGGAGCUGGGAGAACAACGGGAACAACUGAACCGCAGCAGGAACAGAUUGGUGAAUACAGGAGAGAACCUCAGUCGCUCGCGAAAGAUCCUUCGUUCUAUGUCUCGGCGGCUCAUGACAAACAAGCUCCUGCUGGGUGUCAUCAUCCUGAUGGAACUCGCUGUCCUGGGCGCUGUCGUUUACCUCAAAUUCUUCCGAAAAUGAGAACAGUAGUCCGGGUUUCAGGUCAAAUCUUCACCUGACUUGGCAAAAGGACGACGCUGGAGUUCUUCAUGGACCGAGCCACCAGAGGCCAAUGAAAGUAUUUAUGACAAAGUCCCUCAGAAGGGUUUUCCUGGUGCAGACCACGGGGUGUUUUUUCAAGUGACACUGGAUGCACAAACUGGAAGUCUGCAUGAUGACCUCUGAUUGGCUCAGCAGCUUCGAUGAGGUAAUCGCCAACUUGCUGAUUGAUGAUUUUUAUGCUUACUCAGUUGGAGACUGUGUAGCACACUUAAUUAUGAUUUCUCAGCUGUGAUAACACGAGCCACUAUUUUUCUUACUAAAUGUUGAGUAGGCACUGCAAUGAGAUGCAUGCUUGCUUCUUUUGCUUGUUUAUACAGACUAAACCUACCUACUUCUUUUUUAAACCAGCCGUCUCAUCGCGGCGGUACCUCAACUUAAGAGUGCUUUGAGAUAAGAGAAGUCUUUUGGCUAAUUGUAAUGGUUUAAGUUGCGAAUAAAAACUUAAGAAGCAAGGCUCUCUGCUAGGGAUGUCCCGAUCCGAUAUUUGGAUCGGAUCGCCUGCCGAUAUUUGCCAAAAAUUGCGUAUCGACAAGGCAUGGGAAAAUGCUGAUCCAGAUCCAGUUUAAAAAAAAACUCCGGUCCGUGUUUUCCAACGCACAGAUUUAAAUAAUACAUUCCACUUUUCUGCUGCUCCGUAAUUUCCGUUCCGCAUUUUCCAGCACACCUUCAACACAUCCACAGGUCUGUGGAUUCUCACGCAGUUGCUUUUAGCUGCUGGCAUUACACGACAGGCUCUUCUCACUCUAGCCUGUGUCUCCCUCUUACAGACAGCGAGCGCACCUUCUUACACACGUCACAUACUGUCACGUCAUACGUCACAUACGUAUACGUCCUCUCCCAGCAGAGAGCGAGGUAGCGGCAUGGCUAACGUUAGCUGUGAUGCUAGCGCAGCCGCUAAGGUGCGCGCCUGCUCAAGCGUCCUCUGCGCACGGCAAAUCUAUGCCACGCACAAAAUCAAAUAAAAAAAUAAGCGCAUAACAAUUUUCGACACACGGACACGACAGAGACAACAGUUGUCAUCAUUGUUCAAAUAUUGUGACGUCUGUCAAGACGCUUAUCUCCAUUCGGUGCCACACGCCCACACCAUCAAAAUGCAAGGCAAAAAUUUCCACAUCAACACCGUAUGAAAACAGUGAUUUUUUUUUUUGUUGUGAUUUCCUUCUCUGCAUGAAAGUUUAAAAGUAGCAUAUAUUUUAAUGCAGUAUGAAGAAGAAUGUUUUAAUGUAGACAUGCAAGCCUUGAAAGAACAUUUUGAAAAUCAAGAAUACAUUUCCUGCAAAUGGGUGCAUUUCUACCCUAUAUUUUAACUUUAGAUUUAUUCUCAUAUCAAACUCUUUUGGCUGUCUUUUUGACACUUACAUCAGGCGCCCCCCUCCACACCCUGGAUUAUAAAUAAUGUAAAUAAUUCAAUGUGAUUAUCUUGUGUUAUGACUGUAUUAUGAUGAUAGUAUAUAUCUGAUAGUAUAUAUCUGUAUCAUGAAUCAAUUUAAGUGGACCCCGACUUAAACAAGUUGAAAAACGUAUUGGGGUGUUACCAUUUAGUGGUCAAUUGUACGGAAUAUGUACUUCACUGUGCAACCUACUAAUAAAAGUCUCAAUC